AUGCAGCAGGUCUACUUGAUCAACAGCUCGGGGUCUCUCAUGUACAGCUACUCUACUAUCAAGAACCUAGACUCUAACGACCAUAUCGCGCUAGCUUCGACGUAUUUCAGCCUGUCAAUAAUGUCUAAUGAAUGCAGUCCAAGAGAGCCCUGCACCUCUGGGCUACGUGAAAUAGGAACAACAGCAGGGAGCAUCGCGUGCUUGGAAACUCCAACUGGAAUUCGUUUGAUUGCGGCAGCAGCGAAGCAUGUGCCUAUUGUGCGGCUUCACCAGUUUCUUCGGGAUCUAUAUCGUUUAUAUGCAGACUUUGUGGUCAAGAAUCCCUUCUUUGUUCCUAAUCAGCUUAUCCGUGCAGCAAAAUUUGAGAAGGGAGUCCAGAGACUGGUGCAAGGGAUUUAG